AUGUCUUACGAAGAAGCAUCAUCAGCAUCAUUCUUCCAGAGUAGUUCUGGUGGAAAUGGAUUAAAUGGAAGUGAAUUUGGUGGUUCUCUUGGUGGAGGUUUAGAAGGUGGAGCACAAGAAGGCUAUUCAAGCUAUCAGUCCUCAUCUUCAGCUGGUUACGGAAAUGGUGAAGCACUUCUAAGUAGUGGUGGAAGUGCUAAUAAUGGAUUUUUCUCGUCAUCAUCAUCAUCGUUUAGUGGACUUGGCGGCGGUUCUCAAACAAGUGCUAAUGGUUUAGACGCUGGUUUCGCACAGCAAAGCCAUAUAGGAGUAUCGUCAGCUAGUGAUAGUGGUUUUGGUUCUGGCAAUUUCGAACAACGUUCAACCGCAUUAACAACUUAUGCUACCGAUGCUCAAGGGCUCUUUAAAGAUCCUAAUCCCGAAAUUGUUCGUCGACCAGCUCCGGGCGGCCAACAAACAUAUACUCAACGAGUUAUCGUUAAAUUUUUACAACCACCACCCGUCCCUCCUCCAGGCCCUCUUAUCAUCAAAGAGGUUCGUCCACCUCAACCACCUCCACCUCCUCCACUUUAUAUACGUCAACGUCCACCACCACCACCAACCCUACCCCCAAUUGUUAUUCGUGAAGCACCACCUAAAGUACCAGCAGCUGUCGGCACACAAAUUAUUACAAAAAUGCUUCCACCUUUACCUACACCGCCUCGUUCAGUAAUUAUUGAACGUUUACCACCUGUACCACCUAGACCACGUGAUGUUAUCGUUGAAAGAUGGCUACCAUAUAGACAUACACAAAAACGUCGUGUUAUUAUUCAACGAGCGCCUCCUCCAGUAUUACAGAAGCCACGUAACAUAAUUAUUUAUUACGAAGCGCCAAAAGCUCAAGUUGUUCGUCGAUUUCAGAAUUUGGGUGUUCAACGUGCUAAUCCAGCUGAUUAUGUAGCACGUUAUGGUGCUCAGCUAGAAGAUUCUCAAACACUUAUUUCACACGCUAGACAAGCUGGUGUUGUGGAAGAUAUCUCACCUCCUGCCGGUGCAGCAACGAGUUUUGAAUCUUCUAAUUUUGAAAGUUUUCAAUCCAGCGGUGGUAGUAUUGGUGCAGCUGGUUUUGAUUUUAAUUCUGCCUCGAGUAAUGGUCUAUCGGCAGUUGGAGGUGGUAUUGGUCUUGAAUCGAUUAAUGGUGGCGGUGAACUCGCAUCAAGCAGCUAUGAAGCAUCUUCAUCUUAUAGUACAAAUGCUGGCGGUACUGGCGGCUAUGGUGGAGGUCUUGAAGCGUCAUUUGGUGGCCUUGGUAUUGUUGAUAAUGCAAAUGCAAAUGGUAUUGGUGGCGGUAGUAGUAGUUAUGAAUCGUAUUCUUCACAACAAACAUUUACUCAAUAA